CUUCCCUUUCGUAUUCUCACUCGCACCUGCCAGUCGCCCCGUAGAAUGGCGAACUUUUUGUCAGCGCCGUAUUUUCAUUAUUUCUUUGUUUUAUGGCUUCUCGCAAGUGUUAUCUCAGUGGACCCGUGGACGCUUUUGCCGAGGAUGACGUUCACACAGGAAGAGCUCACGCUUAAAAGCGCAACGUUACCCGGCGAAAUCCGCACAGUUCUUCUUUCGAGACGAGAUCACAGCACGCUCGUGGCUGUCGGAAAAAGACAUCUGAUUUCUGUCAGCUUCCAGGAUCCUCCGAAGACUCCCGUGGAAAGAAAGUUGCUGUGGGCCGAGUGCACAGACACUGCAACUUCGCCAAGCGGUUGCAGCUACGAAGUGGUCUUGGCCCAAGAAAGGGAAAACGCCAGCAGGGUGUUUCUUUGCGGGACGGACGGAGCAGUGACACUGUGCUGUGACACGAAGCCGUCAGAGGUUCCUCCCACCUGCACCCCAGCUGACGACCUGGAGAGCAUACGAGGGAGCAUCAGGAGUUUUAUCUUAAAGGAUGCUGAACAUUCUGUUCUUGUUGAAUCUGCAGAAGGUUCCUCGCUGUAUGUCACGUACUCCGGCUCCCAGGAGUAUGUGGGCGUUCACAAGUUCGGGAAAAACAGAGUGGGACCAGCAAACCACGACAAAGAACAGCACUACCUGGGUUUGGUUAUGAGCAAACACAGGGACGAGCCUUUGCAGGACAAAGUGUACGCCUUCUACAAGGAGAGGAAUAAAGAUUUGAACGUGUUCAGCAGCACAUGGCUUCCAUAUGUCUCCCAGUUUUGCUUGGCAGACAUGGGUGGACCCAAGAACAAUAUGCAGUUCACCUGGACCUCCCAGAUGAGUGCGAGGCUUCUCUGUGGCGACACAGAGAGCAAAAAACACUUCUUCGAGAUGGUGGACAUUGACACCGUGCACGCAGAGCGAUGGCAGGACACCCGUAUUUAUGCACUCUUCAAGAAUGAAUGGAACAUGAGCGCCGUGUGCGUGUACUCCAUGCAGGACAUCCACGACGUCUUCAGCAACUCUCUGUUCAAAGGCUCCGAAAAUCAACAUGGCCGGCCCAGGGGGUGCGUUUCAGACAGCACGCGUCUACCUCUGGCCGUCCUGAGGAUGACCCAGAUAAACUCUGAGAUGGAGCAGUGGGUGAGGCCUGUGACAAAGUCAGGCCCACUUCUCAUCAGCCACCACGUGUACACCCACAUUCACGCUGAUGCUGCUCUCACAAAGGAACACACACUUCUCUUUUUGUCUCGAUAUUCUGGAGGAGUAGACAAAGUGGUGCAAAACACAAGCAUGGCCUUCAUUGUCGCAGAAUACAGACCUUUUACCCACAGAGCUCAUAUUGACAGCAUCAUGCUUCAUCCUACCACUAAGAAUCUUUACAUCAGCUCUAGCGGUCAGCUAAUCCAGAUGGACGUGGCCGACUGUACCCACUAUGGAAACACAUGCGAGGACUGUGUGUUGGCGCGAGACCCUUACUGCAGCUGGGAUGACAACCGCUGCACUGCCACAACCACAACCAGUGGUCUAGUGGUUCAGGAUGUGAACUCGGGAAAUUACCACGUGUGCUCAUCCUUGCCUCAUCAUUCAAGCAAAGUGGUCGAUCACUCAAGCGUGCCCGAGGUGGCAGUGGCACUUCCUCUCGGGUCCCAGUACUUCCUGAGAUGCCCCCUGGGGUCCCGCCACGCCCGCUACAGCUGGCGUCACGGGGGCAGCGGAGCCACGCCCUGCGCCUGGACCCCGCACGGGUGCUUGCUCUUGAUUGACAGCAACCAGGAGGGGGAGUACACGUGCGAGUCAGAGGAGAAAGGCUACAGCCGCGUGCUCGCCCGCUAUGCCGUACGCGUCGCUGGCGGUGCUACGUCAGCGGGACGCUCUGCCGGGCUGCUAUUUUGGCUCUGUGCGCUCGCUGCUCUCAGCUGCACAAUAAUGUAAAAAGGUGGACCAUAACUGUAUUUUUGUCUUUUUAUUUAUUGUAAUAUAAGAAAAAGUAUGUACAGUGCAUCUGUAAAGUAUUCACAGCCCUUUCCUUUUCCACAUUUUCUAAUGUUACAGCCUUAUUUCAAAAUUGAAUACUUUAUUUUCCCCCUCAAAGUUCUACACAUAACAAUCCAGCAUGACAACAUGAUUUAGUUUUUGACGUAUUUGUGAAUUUAUUGAAAUUAAAAAACAAGCCCUGCUGUAAAUAUAAAAAAAAAACAAGUGUAGUUGACACCCCUCCUAAGUAUGUAGAUUAUUGCCUAUAUUAAUACUUUAGAACAAAGAUACCACAAACACAAAAAUAUUCAUUUUACAUGAACACUCUUCAAAAUAAAUGGCUUAUGAAUAAACACACAAAUGGCAAACAGUGCAAAUGUACAGUAAAUUAGCUUGUCUCACAGGCAUGAUGUAUCACUUCAACAAACUUCCUCGGCAAUAAUUACUGUCCUAUAUUUCCUAUUUAGACAAGGCUUUGGCAGGAUCUUGUGGCGUCUUAUGGUGUGUUACAUAACCAAAUGUAGAAAAAAUGAACCGCUGUGAAUAAGAAAGUUUGCAGAUGCACUCAAGAUUUUGUCUUUUUUUUUUAAUAUAUAUAUUUAUAUAUAUUAUUUUUUUAAUGAAAAGAAACUAAAUGUGGAGAUACAUCCAUUGUUUCUUAUAUCUGUUGGAAUUUAAUUGAUAAAAUUGCAACAUUGCUUUUGAUUGUUUAAAAAAAAAAUCAUGUCCGAUGAAAAACAUCCCUGAGAUUUGUCGGAUUUUUUAAUUUUUAUUUUUUUUGGGUCAAAAUAAACGGCUCUUUAUUUUUUUGGUCAAAUCUGAAAAAAAGGGAAAAAACUGCAUGAUUUUCACGGUUGGAAAUGGUAAAAAUCAUAAAAAUUGAACUUUUAGCAGUAAAAAAUAAAAACAAUUAUAAGAAAAAGAAGAGACCAUAAAAUAGUCAAUAGUAUAAUAGAAUUCUAAAAUGAAAAUAAAUGCAAUACUAAUAUAUUAUUGAAUAGUAAUAAAUACUAUACUAAUAGUAUAAUAAACACUAUCUGUCAUGAACAUGGUUAGGGCGACGGCGAGGAACGCAAGGCAAGAACAUGGUGGACCCAAUUGCAGGGAAGCAGGGAGGCAAGGCAGGAGUGCGGGAAUCUCAAAAUAAUAAUAUUUAAUCACAAUGAUAAAACAACAGGCGACUAUGACAUGGCAAGACAUGUGACAACGACAAUGAACCGACGAGAACUGAAAGAAACCAGGGAACUAAAUACAAACAAAUUGACGAGACAACGAGGAACACCUGGACAAGACGAGUGGCUAGAGAGAGCUGAUUGGUCGACAAAGUAGACGAGAACAGGUGGACACAACAAGCUAAUGAGCACACGACAAACAUGGAACACAGGAAAACAUUGAACAAAACUAAACACAACCCAAACCAAAACACAGACCAUGACACUAACGCUUUACAAAUAAUUUAAAUAAUAUUACUAAAAUACUAAUUAAUGCAAUAUGCUAUACAUGCAGGUUAAUUGACAACUCUAAAUUGCCCGUAGGUGUGAAUGUGAGUGCGAAUGGUUUGUUUGUAUGUGCCCUGAUGCUAUUUAAAACAAAAGAAAAUCUUGAAAUACAGUAAUAAAUUGAAACAGAAAAUGUGAUUAAAAAUACUAUCGAUGGAUAGAUAGGUAAAAAAGAAAUACAAAUAAAAUGAAAUUGAGAGUGAAGCAUGUCAGUCUCUUGGGUCUUGCUGCAUGGAGCAAUUGAGUGUGAACCAUUGAUGACUCCCAGAGAUAAUGUUUUUUUUAUAUAGAAGUUCCUCUUUGGAGUUGACCAAAGUGAGUGUUGUUUAUGGUCUCCA